UCUUUCUCUCUCUCUCUCUCUCUCUCUCUCACUCUCUUUCUGUCUCUUAAGGAGAGCCUUAACGUGGUCACCAUACCUGCUAGAAAGGUCAGCCAAAUCUUCUUCAAACCACAUUCUACUAUCUUUAAAACAACAACAAAACAAGUGAAUGAAGAAACAUUUGGUAAUGCGGUCCCAUGCCCAAAAUUUAAAGGAAAAGAAAGACAGGUUGGCCACGGUUGGAGUUACUUUAAUCGUAAUUCUGCUUAAUCAAGGAUCACCUGGGGUCGGACAACAGCAGCAACAAUAACAACUGCAGUAGCAGUAUAACCCCCCUCUCCAUUGCCACCAUUCCUCCACCACCAGCUCCACCACCACCACCACCACCAUCACCAUCAUCAUUAUCAGCAGCAGUAGUGUCAUCUUCCCCGCCACCACCACCACCACCACCAUCGCCGCCAUCAUCACCACCACCUCCACCACCACCAUCAUCAUCAUCAUCAACAGCAACAACAACAGUGACAGAAGCCAUCAGUGGCAGUGACUGCAGCAACUGCAGCAACAGCAACAACAAUCGCUACAGGAAUAAGAACAACAACCACAACAACCUCAACAACCACAGCAGUAACACUAGCAUCUACAAGGACGUUCCAACUGCUAGAAACAGUAGCCGAGCCUGCUUUCCCAAAAAUCACACCCGACCUAUCGCCUUCUGUCAGAACAGGUCGCGUUAUACGAUCUAGUCCUACAUAGACCACAACUGAAACAAAACGUGAUGGACACGGCUGGACUGGCUUUGAUAAUGGGUGUACACAGAUGAGGGUUGACUUGGGGGUACUAAACAACAGCAACCACAGCAGCAGCAUCAACGCGUUAAUAUUUCGAGCGCAUCUCACUUUCUCUCGAUCGCUCUCAUGGGUGUACGUACGAGUUAGUUGUGUGUGUAUAACUAUAUAGACUACACAAAUACACACACACACACACACACACACACACACAUACAUAUAUAUAUAUAUAUAUAUAUAUAUAUAUAUAUACAUAGAUAUACUCAUACAUACACAGACAUACGUACACAGAUAGAUACAUACAUACACGAAUACAUACGUACGUAGAUACAUACAGACAUACAUACAAACACACACACGCACACACACAUACACGCAAACGUCCCCUUUCUUACUCGUGACAUGUCCCCUGCAGUGACGACCGUGUCGGGGACGAAACACGGACCGCGGCCACGGAGCUUUCUCGCUGUAGUUUCCAUAUAUUGUCAGCUUCAACAAAGAUACCAACCCAACGAAAGGAAGAGAUAGAUAAAGAGAGAGACAGACAGAAAAAGAGCGGGAGAGAGAGGAAGAGAUAGAGGAGAGAGGAGAGAACCCAAAGGCUACCAAGAAACAGGAGUACGUGACAAGGGAACUGUUCGACAUUGUUCACGAUAGUUCUGUGACAUUCGUCAAGAAUUUCUUCUGGAUAUUUCCUAAAUGAACCGAUACUAUGUUAGCUAAUCACUAUCAGAACUAACAAACUCAUUUGAAAAGCUCAUCUUUUCCUUCAGCACGCCAGAACCAUGUUGUCUUCAGACUCGUCAAACAUCAGUAAAGCAUUGAGUUGGAAUGAGACUGACCUGGAUACCAGAUACACGGAGGGGGGCAUUGUUUAUGCCAUUGCAUUUGUCGGUAUUUUAGGCAAUGUUGCAGUCUUGUUAGCGGUGAUGAUGUUUAAAAAGCUACGCCACGCUGCAACUGCUUUUCUGUCACAUCAUUGCCUCCUCGACCUCAUCAAGUCGGCUUUUUGCAUCACACUCGGCUACAGUCUUCAGCAUCGUCAGGAGAUUCCUCAUUGCAAUUGGUUCGGCACGGUUUACAUCAUACUGAUGACGGCAUCGGCAUACAACUUGUUUGCAAUUGUCGUUAACGAAGAAUACCACAUGAUCUACUACAGACAGAACUACAAUAAUUAUCUCUGUAUCAGUUUCGGGUUGUUUAUGAUCUGGUUUGCUAGCAUUCUCAUUCAUCUCGGUGUCGGCUUUUUACCGAGCCGAUUGCAUUACAACAAAGACAUAGGAUUUUGUUCAUUUAAACAAGGAAUUCCGAGCAGUGUUGUGACCCACGUCUGUUGGCUGAUCUUGAUAACCUUUGCAAUAACCUUGACACUCGUCGGUCUAUGGUUCCUCCAUCAGAAAGUGCAGUACCAUGCAUAUACACCGCAAAAUGUUUUCGGUGAAGAUUUCCUUGCGCACGACGAGAAGGAUAUUUUGUGGGAGAUAGAGACAGACGAAUUGCAUUCAGAUGUCCAACCGUUUUUCAUCGACAACCAUCGGAGAAGAGUUUUCAUGUUAAUAGGGAUGACUGCCACUUACCUUUUGUGCUGGCUGCCAUUAUUUGCGAUCACGAUUUUCGAUGUGAAUUUCAUAUUAAAGCCUCAGCUCUAUAAAAUCUUGACAAUCGUGGCCUGGAGCCAACCGAUAACCACCCCGGUGUUUGCUAGCGUCUAUCUUUGGGACAUUGCAGACAAAUUCAACUUGGAGAAGGAUCUCCAGAACAAAAUUGCUCAGAUAAAUCACAAAGAUAUGGAAGCUUCCCAGGUAGAAAGCACAUACAACACAGCGUCCACAGCAUUACUCAGACAACCAGUUUCCUUCCAGAAUCGGCUGCUGAACACUCCGACAAGCUUGGCGUCAUCAGAAUGUGGUGAAGUCAGCAGUAUGAGAAGGCACAUGGAUUAUAUGGAAUCAAUGGGACACUCGGGUAUAACUAACGAAGGGGCUUUGAGUUUGAGCAGCUUGCCUCGCAGCCAUGGCAGUCUGUGGAUGAGACAAGAUGCGUCUCUUUAAAAAAAAAAAAGGCAAAAACCGAAAUUUUUUAUUGGUUUAUUGGUCAUUGUCACAUGACCAUGAAUUAUGUCUGACACCAAGAUUUUCAGAAAGACCAAAAAAAAAAAGGAAAUAAAAUAGAAAAAAAUACGACAAAAUAAUUCUAAAAUAUUCAAAUUAUAAAUAAACACUUGCAGUCCAUUCCAUUUUCCCACUUGAACCAAAGAAUCAGUUUAGAGUUUGUAUGAUUCACAUACUUUCAGUAUUCUUGCUCUUAGAUUCGGUAAAACCAGACAUGAAGAACAUUUCCUCCAUAAUUAGAUUGGUCAGUUUUAUUUCUUUUCAUAGGCAUUCACUCAAUCCUUUUUUUUUUUUUUGGAUCUUUUAAUUGUUGAUGAAAAUUGUUAAAAAUUCUUUAUCGUUUUUUUUUAUAUAUAUAUAUAGAUCUGUUUUUAUCAUUAUUAUUAUUAUUAUUAUUUUGUUAAUAAAUUUGCAUAAAACAUC